AUGCCAACUAAGCUACCUAUCAACAAAAAGACGAAAAUGUCAGACUUGAUAAAUAAUCGUUUGAAGAUUCAUACGAUUGAUAAUAGAACUUAUACCGGAACCUUACUUUCCUUUGACAAGCAUCUCAAUCUAGUAUUAUCUGACACUGAGGAAGCCAGAAUAACGAAAAAGAGCUUGAUGGAUUUACGUUCACAAAGUCAGAAAAAGGCCAGUAACAAAUUACCCAUCAAUUCAACUACAACAACGAGUACACCUCUAUUCCCUACUGAGAUCCCAAAGUCGAAUAAGCCCGAUUUAGCAAAGAGACAUGUUGGAUUGAUCAUAUUAAGGGGAGAACAAAUAGUCAACUUUACCAUUGAAAGUGGUCCUUCGAGUGAACUUAGAGUUGGUACUGCAGGAGCAACUGGAACUAGCCGAUCUUUGAAACAACCAGUGGGCAAGUUGAAAAAGAUUGCUUAA